AGGCGGCGGCGCCGCGGGCGCUGCUGCGGAGCCCGAGGGCGGCGGCGGCUUCGGGGGGGAGAAGGGGAGGGAGGGCGCCGCUGCCUCCUCCCCUGUCCCCCCGCCGGGCUCGGCGGUCCCUGGCGGCCGGUGUCUCCGCGGGGGCGGGAGGAGGCGGCUCCGGCCCCAGGGCGCUGGCGGCGGCGGCUACAUGGAGCUGCGCGCCCCGCUACGCAGGGAGGCGCCCGGGCGGGCAGCGCGGCCGCAACAUCGAUGCGCGGGGUCAGGAGGGCGGCGGCGGCGGCUCCCCCCCGGCGCACUCACCCCGGAGCCGCCCGGGCCCCGCUCUCGGCUCCUCCCGCCGCCUCCGCCGGGCUCGUUAUUGACUUUCAGGAAAACUCCCGACGUCACCGGCUCCCCCCGAGUGUCUCCCCCUCCGCGGCGGUGGCGGCGGCGGCGGCGGCAUCCCCGGCUCUCGCGAGAAGCGCGGCGGGGACGGGGGGGCCGCCAGACAGCGCGGGGGGAGCCAGACAGAGGGGGGCGGCUGAGUUACACAGCCCCCCGCCCCGAGCUUGCCCCGGUACCCGGAGCGGUCCACUCGGCUGUGCCAACUCCGCCAGGAAUAGAACUACCAGUUACGCCGCAGGAAGCCGUAAUUCAUCCCUCGCUGAAGUGUUUAGUGGAUGCUCCAGCCUCAGUGUUGCUAAUGGUCUGCAGGGUUGCCUUACCCCGGCGGGUAAAUAAACACCCAGAGAAAGCGCACACAGCGCUGCCGAGCCUCUGGUCGUUCCCAUUGCCACAGGCGCUGCGGGAGCGGAGCCGGUGCGAGCACAGCAGCCGCGCUGCGGGUGCCGCGCUGGGCACGGCGCUCCCCGGCUCGGCAGCGCUGUCCCCGGGCCUGCUGCUCCCGCCGCAGCCGCCGCCGAGCCUGCUCCUGCAACCCUCGGCUGCAUCGGAACCCUGCCCUCCGCGCUUUGUUCCACGGCUAAGCGGCUGUGUGUACGCGUGUUACAAGAGUUUGGCGCACAUAAAGAUGUCUACUAUCGUUUAUGGUUUCAAUAAUCCGCACAAAUUCAUUUUCGGAGCUGUCAGCUCUGCACAUUUCAGUACCUCGGAGUGGCAGACUGGGUUUAUGCAAACCUGUUUUCUGGCUCCGCACCCGGCAGAGCUGCGUCUCUCCGGUGCCGCGCUGCUGUGUGUGGUGGGGAUGAGCAAUUCAGGGAGGAGAGGGCACGGACGGGACGGGGGCGGCAGCGGCGGCAGCGCGGUCCGGGAGCGGGGAUGCCGCGGGUGGAUCCCGGGCACGCCCGCACCCACACGGGCUGCAGGGAAUGGCAGUGCCCGGCUCCACAUGGCUGUAAGGGAUGGCAGUGCCCGGCUCCCACACGGGACACAGGGGAUGGCAGUGCCCGGCUCCCACAUGGCUGUAAAGGGAUGGCAGUGCCCGGCUCCCACACGGGACACAGGGGAUGGCAGUGCCCGGCUCCCACACGGGACACAGGGAAUGGCAGUGCCCGGCUCCACAUGGCUGUAA